AUUCCACUUCCUACGUGUUGCUACGGCAACUCAAAACAACAAAAAAACUAAACUCAGUUGGGUACAAAAACGGUGCUCCAAAACCUGGAUAAGAAGUAGUUUUUUAUUUCGUUGGCUCCAGCGACUACACAUUUUAGGAAGUAGUCUUUAAAAUUAAGUAGUUUUCUUUAUUCAUUUGGCAGAAUGAGUCAUCGACUGAUUAUUCAAGUUUUUGAGCAGUACCAGAAGUCCAGGUUGCAUUUUGUGCAAACCGUUGCUGAUUUUGCGACCAGACCACAAAACUCCGAAAUCCUCCAUAAUGCAGGAGUGAUGCCCAUGCUCCGGUCCCUGCUGCUGGACACGGUACCGAGCAUCCAGCAAAAGGCAGCUUUGGCUCUGGGUCACCUGGCGAACCACAGUGACAAUCUGGCAGAAGCUGUGGUGAAAGAAGACAUCCUACCCCAGCUGGUCCAUUCUCUGGCCUCGCAGAACAGGUUUUAUAAAAGGGCAGCAGCGUUUGUUCUGCGUGCAGUGGCCAAUCACUCUCCUGAACUGGCCCAAGCAGUAGUGAGCUGCGGGGGCGUUGACGCUAUGGUACUCUUCCUGGAGGAGUUUGACCCUGGGGUGAAGGAGGCCGCUGCCUUUGCUCUGGGCGCCAUCGCACGACACAAUGCAUCUCUGUCCCAGGCGGUGCUGGAAGCAGGAGCGGCGCCCCUGCUGGUGUUGUGUCUCUUGGAGCCCGAUAUGGCCCUCAAACGCAUCGUGGCCUCCACACUCAGCGACAUCUGCAAACACACGCCAGAAUUGACCCAGACCGUGGUGGACAACGGCGCCAUCGCACACCUGGCACAGAUGAUCCUCAGCCGGGACGCCAAGCUCAAGAGGCAGGUGUUCUCCGCCCUCAGCCAAAUCAGCAAACACUCCGUCGCCCUGGCCGAGAUGGUGGUCGAGGCCGAGGUCUUCCCCGCCGCCUUCGUCUCCCUCAACGAUUCGGAUGAUUACGUCAGGAAGAACGUUGUGACCCUGAUGAGGGAGGUGGCGAAACAAACUCCAGAGCUGUCCCAGCUGAUUGUGAACUGCGGUGGGCUGUCAAAGGUGAUCGACUACCUGGGAGAGAGCCAUGGACAGUUGCGGCUCCCGGGCAUCAUGAUGCUGGGAUACAUGGCAGCUCACAAUGAAAGCCUCGCUAUGGCUGUCAUUCUCUGUAAGGGGGUGCCCCAGCUGGCCCUGUGCCUCUCAGAGGAGCAUGAGCAGUACAUCAAGGCGGCCACAGUGUGGUCAUUAGAUCAGAUAGGUCAUCACUCCCCUGAGCAUGCCAAGGUGGUGGCCGGAGCAAACCUGCUGCCCAAGCUGCUGGACCUCUACAUGGACAUCAGCAGCUCAGAGGACCUGCAGGCCAAGAGUAAGAAGGCCCUGAAGAACAUCCUACAGAAGUGCACCCUCGUCCCGGCUCUGGAGCCGCUACUCUACAACGCUCCCAGCAACAUCCUCAAACACGUCCUCUGCCAGUUCAGCAAGGUGCUUCCGCUGGACAGCAAGGCCCGUCGUUUGUUUGUGACCAGCGGUGCACUGAAGAAAGUCCAAGAGAUUGACGCAGAGCCGGGCUCCGCUCUGCAGGAAUACAUCAACGCCAUCAACAACUGCUUCCCUGUAGAGAUAGUCAGGCACUUCUCGCCAGGCUACUCUGAGAGCCUGUUGCAGCGGUUAGAGGGCUACCAGCCGGAAGAUUUAUUUCGCAUUCCUGCUCUUCCAACUGAGGGUCAAUAAACGUUUUUGUGCCUUACAAAUCUAAGUGGUCUUAUUAAAAGAUUUCAUUGAUGUUGCUAGCAAUAAUACAGAGUAACCAGGGCCAGAUUUAAAAGAUUGUUGGCCCCUGGAUUGGAGUCAGUGUUGGUGCCCUGUCCACUCACGAGAAAUUCUUCUAAUUAUGGAAAUUACAGUAUGUUAAUGUUAAACAGGUUGCGCCUAAGAGGAGAGCAGCAUCAGCGGCGUCUGGACUGAUGGAGGCAGAAUAUGUUGCAUGAAGCCUGCUUUCAUCAUGCUGAGGAUGCUGCAUGUGGCUUCAGGACGCAUCAUGGGGCAGACAUUCCCCCGAACCGGCAGGUCAAUUCAGCCUCCUGCUGCUGCUUCAUGAACUCUGGAAACAUGGAUAAAACCAGACAGUUUCUAUUUUUCCUCGUUAUUUCUGUGCAGCGCCACCUGUUGAACUUCCUGAUGAUACGUUGGCACUUUUAAGAGCUGAUUCAUUGAACUUUCCUAAUGAUAAUGUGAUAUAAUCUGACAUUUGACACUGUGAUUCAGGAAAAAAAUGUUAACUGGAUUUUUAAAAUAAAGAUUUGAAUAAAACAUU